AUGCCCUUUACGCAACUGCGUCCCGCGCGGCGUGCCCCUCCUGCUGAGAGCCGGACAAAUGGCCGUUCGCAUGAAAACGAGACGACGCAUGGUUCUUUGAUCAUGGCAUCAAUAUCGUUCCGUGGCAAUAACCAUGGGCUGCAGAUUGGAGAUAACCGUGGUUCGAUCAAUGCAGAGUUCCAUCUGCCUCCAGAGCGACCAGAAACUCCACCCGGCCCUUUAUCAACCGUCCCGUUUGCGCGCGAUCCAGACUUUGUCAGUCGCGAUACACUGCUUCUCCCCGGAUCAAGGAUAGCGCUUGUUGGCCUCGGUGGUGUGGGGAAAUCGCAACUCGCCAUUGAGUACUCCUACCAGGUCCGAUCCCAAUCGCCAGCGACAUGGGUCUUCUGGGUCCAUGCGACUAAUGCGGCCCGCUUCGAGCAAAGCUUUCGGGACAUAGCGGACCAAGUUAAAAUCCCGGAGCGCCGGGAUGCCCAGGUCAAUAUAUUCAGUCUGGUCGAAAAUUGGCUCAGGGAUAAGAAGAGAGAAGCCGCUAGCUUUCUUAGAAAUCGAGCGCCUCGCUAUUCGGUGUCGCAGUACCUAAGGGACUUUCAACGGAGUGAACGCGAAGCAACAGAGCUGCUGGAAAAAGAGGCAGGCCACUUCUACCGGGACUGGGAAGCGAAGAACUUAAUUCUGGUAACAUGGCAAAUAUCGUUCGAUCAUAUUCGUCGAACAAAGUCAUCCGCAACGGACUUACUUUCUCUUAUGGGCUUUUUCGAUCGGCAAGAGAUUCCAGAGAACCUUCUCAGGAUACGGGACGCAAGCAACCACGAUUCCAAAUUAAUGUCUCUAGAUGAUUCCAGUGUCGACGGGGAGACCUCUGGGUCUGAUAUGAGCCUCGAUUUUGAAGAUGAUAUCACAACACUGAGGAAUUAUUCAUUUAUCUCUGGCCGGUGGGAGGAGGCCGAAAAGCUUGAGGCCCAGGUGAUGGAGACAUGCAAGACGAAGCUCGGCAAGGACCAUCCUGACACGCUAACGAGCAUGGCCAACCUAGCAUCGACGUUCUGGAACCAGGGCCGAUGGGAGGAGGCUGAGAAGUUCUAUGUGCAGGUGUUAGAGGCUCGCACGACGAAGCUCGGCAAGGGCCAUCCUGAUACGUUGAUGAGUAUAAAAAACCUGGCGAUGACAUAUAGCAAUCAGGGCCGGUGGGAGGAGGCCACGAGGCUCUUUAUGCGGACGAUGGAGACUUAUAAGACGAAGCUAGGCAAGGACCAUCCUGAUACACUAUCGAAUAUGAAUAACCUGACGGUGACAUAUAUGAACCAGGGCCAGUUGGAGGAGGCAGAGGAGCACUUUAUGCAGAUGAUACAGAUAGGCAAGACCACGCUUGGUUAUGACCAUCCCUCUAUGCGGACAUGCGUGUCUAAUUUAGCGGCAAUGUAUCGUAACCAGGGCCGAUGGGAAGAGGCCGAGAAGCUCGAGGUCCAGGUGAUGGAGACUCGCAAGGCGAAGAUCGGCGAGGACCAUCACAACACACUUCUAGAUCAUGACGCUGAAGCUAUCAAUUAA